AUGGCAUCUCUCAAUCCGGAUACCCGGAAAGUGCUCCUGGCAAGGUUUAUCCAUGAUUGUGAAUUGGCUAAACCACUUGAAAAGCCAUCAAAAGAUAAGGAUCAUCAAGAAAUAAAGGGGGAAGGAACUCGAGCCAAAUCUACAGCAACGUCCCCCAAAGCUAACAAUCCCGAAUCACAUAUAAAUCCUCACUCAGACCGACAUCUUGAUAAGCAAGGAGAACGAGGAGAUUCCAAGGAUUCGUCUCCGGAACCUGAUCAGACCCCCCUUCAAGGUACCACCACGAACAUCACUCAAGAGCACUCAGUGGAUGCUGAACCAGCAGUUAAAGCUACCAAGUCUACUGAUUCGAGUGAAGUUAACAACCAAGAAAUCGAUCAGGAACCUCAUCCUCGUUCUUGA